CCUCUGCAUACAAGAAUCUUGAAGGUUCUGGAAUUCGUAGAGAGUGACAAGGUUUGCUCUAUUUCUAAUAGUCAUUCGACAGCUUCCUGGUACUGUUUUGAGUGCAGUCGCUCGUUGUGCGAUGAAUGCCAGAUGAACCACUCGCUGUUUACAAAAGAUAAUCAUAAAGUUGUUUCCCUUUCCAACCUAAAAAAAGAAGACYUCGAGUUCAUGCUGGCCAAAGAAGAUAAUUGUUAUCAUCAUAGUGAUUGCAAACUGGAUUUUUUCUGCCAAAGUUGUGAUAUUUUGAUAUGCUUUGAAUGUUUAAAACUUGAUCAUGCUGACCACAAAACAAUCCUAAACGAGAAGCAUGCCACAACAGUCAAAGACUCUCUAGACGAUCAACUGAAAAAGUUAAGCAUUCAGGAACAACAGAUGUCUUCUGAUGUUAAAGUUUUAGAAUAUUUUGCUGUAAACACCAAAGAAAAAGGAGAAAUGGCGAUAAAAGAAAUUCAGGCCAAAGCAAAGGAAAUCAUCGAGAAAGUGCAAGAAAGUGAAAGAGAAUUGAUUAAACAAAUCCAAGAACAGAUUGAUAACAGUGAGAAAGAAAAGAGGAAGGGUUGGAAUGUGCUUAAUAAGACAGAAAGAGCCAAACGUUUCUUAAAUCAGGCGAUUGAAAAACGUUUACCAACAAGUCAUAUGAAAAAUGCCCAAGAUUUAUUGUGUCCCAUGACUGAUGAUGUCGUACCAAGCGUUCAGGAAAAUUCUGAAGUCGUAUUUGUCCCAAGUGAAGAAUGUAUUGGGUUACUGAAAGUGGGACUGGGAAAACUGACUCGUGAGGAGAGCUACAGCUAUGCCAACAAAGAUGAUAAUGGGGGAGUUGAAGACGAUUUUACACUCAUAGAUGGAAUUAUYUGUGAAAAGAAAGAAAGAUACAGCAGGAAGAGGGGAAAAGAAAGGAUAAGAAAAAAGAAAAGASAAACGAAAAGAGAAAAUCAGAAAACUGAAAAUGAGGAGAAAACAAAGCAAGUUGAAAGGACUCCUACUGCUCUCCUACUGAAUUUCUCGAACAGCCACUGUUUCCCUUGCAACGAGCAACUAAUAACUGGGCCUGACUAAUGACACAAUAUAUGUUUACUAAGAGGACAUGUUUCGGAAUGGAAAACCAUAGAAUAACUGAGGAAAACUAAUCGAAUUGUGCUGGAUGCCAAUCAAUGAGGGACUGAUUAUUUAUCAACUAUUGGGGGCCGGAGAAUUUAAAUAUAUCAAACAUGCAAAAGAGUGGAUAUCAGUUCAGGAAAAAAAUGAAAUAAAUAAAGGAGCGCAUAUGUAAAACCUAAAAAGGAGGCAAUGUGAUUCCACUUUAUUCUAAUAUAACUAAAAYUCUAAACCUAAACCUACAAGGAAAAGAGCGAAAGCCAGCCAUGAGAAAAACCCCACCCUUCCCCCAAAAGCGAAAGCUUUUGCGGGGGAACAGGGGAGCAAAAGUAAAAGGGGUUGCAAAAUAUAUACACUUGGAUACUCAGUUUAUGUAAUCAGAAAACUGAUCAGAAAAAURGAAAGAGUACAAAGGAGAGCAACGAAGUAUAUCCUCAUGCUACCCUUCAUGACAGAUACUCCUUAUGUUGAAAGGCUUCAGCGCGUACGCCUUUUGCCUCUGACAUAUUGGCACGAAUAUCUGGACAUAGUAUUCCUCUUCAAAGUCAUCCACGGCCAUGCCUUGCUGAAUAACAGCAUCAAACCUACAGAACGCCGAAUAAAACAGUACACCCGUAGCAACACAGCACCUGAAGACAUCAUCACCCUAGAUAUCCCUCCACACAGAUCCCUGACCUUCCAAAAUAGCUAUUUCAUACGGUCUGCACGAAUCUGGAACAUCCUACCUACUGAACUAAGAAAAAGAACACUCACUCUGUCUAAAUUCAAAACCUGUCUCUUCUCUCACUACAAGUCUGCUCUCCUGUCCCUCUACGAUCCUGAAGACCCGCGAACGUGGAAAUCUGUGUGUGUCAAAUGCCAUCAAACAAGAACACUGAAAGGAACUUUGAAAUGCUGUUUUUAACUAAACGUAUAUGAUCGAUUCUGAAUAUGCCAAUAUGAGAGACACUCUCUUCUGAUCAUGUCUGUAACUAUGUAGCUUGUCUUAUUUAACUUUUUUAGUCUCUAGGAUCGUGUUAGUUCAGCUAAUGAUUCUUUCAUGUAGUUUGUCAGUUUAGCUAAAAGGACGAUUUAAUUUAUUAUUAAAAUAAUCUUAUAGAUCGUAUAGAUUAAGGAUUGAUUUAAGUCGUUUAGUUGACUUUAAGGAUCAAAUAGAAAAGUUAAUUGAAAGGUCUUACUCUGUAUAGACCAUUUGUCCCUCUUUCCCGGCUUUAGUUGCAAGGAUCCAUUUAGUUUAGCUUGGAGAAUUAUUAGCGGGUUAACUCCUAAGGACCGAUUUAGGUCAUUUUAGUUCAUUUAGUUCAUUUAGUUCAUUUAGUUCAUUUAUUCGAUGCCGUUUAGUUGAUAGGAUCUAUUGUAAUUGGGGAAAACCUUUAGUAGAUUCCUAGCCUCUCUUAUUUGAUCUCUUAUUAUUCAGCGAUACAUUUUGUAGUCUCUUUUCAGUUUAACCCACUAGCUAUUGAUAACCUAAGAGUUGGCUAUAAGUAAAAUAAAAUWAAAAUAAAAUAAAAUAAAUGCAAUCAA